UUAUAAAUUUAUUAUAUUUUAAAGCAUCAAAAUCUGGAAUCUCAAAUUGAAGUAGAAAAUGUCUAAGAAAAAGUUGUUUCUUAUUGUUGCCAUUAUCACAAUACUCGUAAUUACUAUAAUAGUUGCUACAUUAGUAAUUUUCUUGUACCGAACGACCAUUGCAUCACAGUUUAAAAAAUCAAAUCAAAUUGAAUCAAAAGUAACUAAAAUUAAAUCAUUAAUGAGUAAAUUAGAAAGUUCUACACUUUCAAAUGAUGACGCCGAAAAAGUUAAAAAAUAUAAAGAUAAUUAUGAUAAUUAUCUCGUUGAAUCAGGAUUAGAUUGGGGUAAUGAUUCUGAUAAAUUUGUAUUAUUAUGUGACUUUGCAACGCGAAUGGUUACAUUUUAUAAGAACAAUAUUAAUGGAAAAAUUGAAUCGAAGAUUUAUUUGUUUAUCGCUAUUGAUAUAAUACAAAAAAUAAACGACCGUGUUUUCGAAUAAGAUUAUACUGUUAUCACACAGGACACGUCAUAUAAAACACUAAUUUAUUUAACAAGAUUACUCAUUACAUUUGAAUAUUUAGCUGGUGAUCUAUAUCCAAAGACUAAAGAACUUUGUCAUAAUCAAAUACUUUAUUUGAUGCCAGAAUAUAAUAAAGUGUAUCAAGAUCAAUCAAUAAGUGCCUAUUUGAAAAAUGAGCAAGUUAUUUAUACAAUUAUACCGAGAUUAUUAACAAACAUGAAUUCAAAUAAAACGCUAUACAAUUAUGAUGUGAACAAACAAAAUGUGUUAGAGGAAUUAAAACUUCAAUUUAAUAUUCUCGAAAAAUCACCAAAAUCUGAUAUUAUUUUACAAGACUAUCAUUACAAAAUAUAUUAAGCUCUGACGACCUGAGGUCAACAUGAUUUCACAUCAAAAAAUAAGUUUCCCAAUUUUUGAAGCAUUCGUAAUUACCAAAAAAUCGAACGAUAAGAAAACUCCUGAAAAAAUAGAGUCACUACGGAAAAAAAUAACUUUUUGAACUUGAUCAGGAAACAUUUUAUUUUCCGCUUGGAUCAAAAAACCGAAAUUUGUUUGAAGUCAAUAUAUAAAUUAAUUUUU